AUGGGUUUUGAUUUUAUAGUGCUGGGAUACAGCUGCAUCCAGCUGUCAGAGAAACGAAGUGCAAGUAAAAUUUCCAUUAGACCUUCAAGAACUUCACAAAAAAAUCUUGAAGUGGCAAAUAGGAGAGAAGAGUCAGUUUUUUAUGCCACAGACAAGCAGGCAAGUGCUGAAGAGGUUAUGCCAUCCAUUGCUGAAGCACCAAGUAUCUUCAAAGCUGAUGAAUCCAGGACAGAACUUCAAGGGGCAGCAGAGGUACAGGAAGACAACAAUAUGAAAACAGAGAUACCCAUUGAUCAGGUGCCGGCUGAGGUUGUCCAGGAGGAAGAAAUUGAAAUACCUGUUAAUAGUUCUGUGGAUGAGGAAGCCACGGACGGCAAUGUAGACACUGUGCCCUCUGCAGCCAGCCUUAAAUUGGACCAUUAAUAAGACAUAACUAAGUGGUUUAGAAUCAUUAUCCCUCUGUGAAGAUGAAGGCUUGCAAAGUAACCAGGAGUUGCAUGGAGAAGCAUCUAUGUGGGAUAACUGAUGAGCUCCAGUCGAUCAGAGAAACAGCACCCUUUGAAGUAAAAGCUGGAGCAUAGAGCGGAGUGGCUCAUUCUUAUUUUUUGGGAACCUACUACAAAUUAAGCAAGUUGCUGACAACCUAGAUAUGAAUGACCUGGGUUCUAGUGUAUAUCUACUGUAUAUACUGAAACUUAAGGUAGUAUAAUAGUGAUUGGGACAUGAAUCACAGUAAAUUGGGAAAGGUUAAAUUAAUUUUUCUUUACCUUUCUUUGCCAGCUGAGAUUGUUCAAGAGAAACAAAUUGUAGCACCUGCCAGUAGUUCUGAAGAUGGAGCUAGAUUUGUUUGUCAUCUCAUUAUGGAAGAGAGUGUUAAGAAUUGCAAAUGAGGUAUGAGCAGGAACCCUUGAAGUGGAACACUUGUAUACUUUAGGGUAACAAUGUAAAGCAGUUGUAUUUGAUUCUGAAAACUGAAUUAGUUUAUGCAGCUUUCAUUUUAGGUUGGAUCUAAAACUGGUUUGGGCCUCUUUUUGUUUUGUUUCCAGUCUCUGAAAUCUUGGAAGCCCAUGUGAUUUCAUGAGAUUGACAUUAUUUGAAGAUGAUAAAUAACCAGUCAGACAGGAGCUUAUUUUAAAGACCUAAAAAAACUAUUUAUUUUUGGCAUAAUUUAACAUUAAGUUAGUACUUUCUAUCUUCAGAAUUCCUACGAAGCAUCAGUUAAUCCUAAAAAUAAACAUUAUCUUUAAUAUGUAUGGGGGAAAUAAAGAUGUCAAACAACAUUUCUGAAAUCACAGAAAACUCCAUGUCUGAACAAGGAUUAAUUAAAUAAAUAGAAAUAAAAUUAAUAAUACCAUAAGUUCAAUGUUUUCUUUCACAAGAUUUCUUCCCAUGCAGAACAGUGAAUGGAGAGGAACACUGGUGCAAUGUAGGGGUUCACCAAGAAAGGUUUUCUUGGCUGAUACCAAUACCCGAUGGUUAAC